AUUUGAAAUUAAAUUUUAUACAAAUAAUUAUUAUGUAUGGGUUCCAAAAUUGUUAAUUUAGAGAUUUUCCUUAUUUACUUUUUUCUACUAAUACCAUGGCCUCAUACACAUGUUUUCAAACGUUUGUGCUCCAAAGAUAACAGUCGUUUAGUACGUAAAAUUGUUCGAUCCAAAUGGACACCGAUAUUAGAUAAAUAUCAGGUUAAACUUCCGCUCGAAUGUCCUCUACAUCCAUUUCGAGAUAUUUUUGCACCCCGACAAGAUGCCAAAAAACGUGAUAGACCCACACAAUGGACGUGUCGUUUGUGUGGUAAAAGUUUCUAUCAGGAGAAAUUUUUGGAUUUACAUUUUGAAACAAGACAUAACACGAUUAUAAAUGAGGCGGAAGAUGCUGUUUGUUUGGCAGAUUAUUGCGAUAUAAUGCGCUGUGAGGUGUUUCAAUCGGAAGAGUCAUCAUCUUUAAAGCUGGGCGAUCAAAGUAUUGUAACAGAUAUUGAAGUUUGGGGCGAUUCAUUUGGUCAAAAUUCAGCACUGGCUAAGGCGAAUGUAGCAUAUUUAAGUUUAUUACCCAUCAGAACUUCCUCAACUGGUGCAUCAUCACGUGCAGCCAAAGUACAAAAUCGUCAAUUGUGUCAGGAUAAAAUUGGCCAAACUAAAUGUCAACAGACUGAUUCACACCAAAAUUCUAAUGAAAAUAUAUACAACAAUAAUGGUGCCUCGCGUUCAAAAUUUCCCCAAGCACAGUCUUCAGCCGAAAGUCUUACAUCUUCGGCAGCCCCACAUAUACAUCACAGCAGCUCGUCGUCAUCUUCAUCGUCGUCCUCAGCUGCGUCUUCGUCAAAAUCUCAUGCACACAAACACUCGUCGGCAUCUGCCACAAAAACAACAACGAAACAAGCCAAUACACCAACAGAUGAGUUAUCUGAAGAUUCGACUGGGUCCAACAAGGACCAAACGCCUGAUGAAGAUGAUGAUGACGAUGAAAAUAGUUCGAAAAGAAAUGCCAACACAUCGGCAGAUGACAGCAAUAAGACUUCGAGUGCCCAAUUAACAAAUAUGCAAAAGAUACGAGCCAAUUGUAAGGCGGAAGAGUUGAGCAAACUUAAAGCCAAAUGUGAGUAUUUGGUUAGAAGUUGUAUAGGAGGCCUUAUACUCUCGAUGACCGAUCAACAGUUCAAGGAUAUGGAGGAGGAAAUGAAUAAAGCUGUAUGCUGGUAUCUAACUUGUGAGCGUUAUUGGGAAGAUGGUCCUUUGGAACCACGUGCCUUUCCUUGGGGUUUAAUAUUAAUUUUAAUUUUCGUUUUAUCAACCGGCAUUUGUUUUUGUUAUUAUAUCAUUUGGAUACUAUUUGACUCCGAAGAGACGACAAUCAAUGCCACAGCCAAUCAUCAGCAUAUGUAUAUACCCACCCACCAGCACUAUCACCCACAACAUUUGCAACAGCAUCAGCAGCAACAGCAUCAUCAACAACAAACUAUGCACCAAGAUCAUUAUCAUUUUCAAGAUUACCCUACCACCGGCAUACAUCAUGGUAUGACCAACGUCGAGCCUCAGACCAACACCUCAUACUAUUACCAACAGCAGCAACAACAACAGCAACAGGCUCAGCAGCAGCAGCACCAACAGCAUCAGCAACAGCAACAGGCCGAACUACAUCAUCACCAGCAAGCAAUGCAACACGAUAUAUACCCAGAACCAGUGCAAUACGAUUAUCGUCACAGUCCAAGACGCUACAUAGGAGAUCAGCGUCUGCCGGGUACGCCCACGAUUACGAUGAGCGGUGGCGGUCCUCCUAUGGGAGGAGGCGGACAGACUCCACUGCGUCAUCAGCAGACGAAUCUGGCAUACCAACAGGACAUUUUAGACCGACGCGACUAUAUAAGUAGACCCAUUGCAACAUCUGUGGUAACAGGUGGCAUUAAUACGCAUGGACCAAAUUCCGGCUCGACCGGAGCCCUCAGUCAUCAUUCGGCACAAAUGGAUUGUGAUAACACUCUGCCGGCCACACACUUGGGCAGUGCCAGUAGCACAGCUUCGAUGGCUGGUGGUGGGGGCGUCAAACAUUAUAAUACCAUACCACGACCUCUCGAACCCCGACAACGUUAUGUCAGCGGUUCGCAGCAAUCGUUGCGCGCCUCCUCCUCAUCUCAUGAAAUCAUACAAAAUGAAGUUGGGCACAAUGAACAUUAUAUUUAUGUAACUUAUCCGCCGGAUUUAAAAAAACGCUUUUUCGAAAAAUAUGAAUGAAACAAUUCUAUUAAUAUUCUUUGGAUCAGCAGUGUCUGUCUCUAUAUACACCACAACAAAACGAAAAUAUGAAUACAGAAAACAAAAACAAAAAAAUCAUUAAAAAGCUUGAAAGUAGUUAAAGAAAUAAUAGAAUUUUUUCAUAAUUACUUUACUUAUGAAUAAAAUACGAGUACUCGCAUUGUAGAGGUUGGAUUUACGUUUAAUUUGUCAAUAUAAGUACAAUGAAAAUUAUUUUAAAUUUCUCAUAUGUAUUUUAAUUUUAAAAUUUACUUUCUUUCUAAAAGCACUCGCAUUAUUUAAAUGAACAAAAUACCAAAGAUUAUCAUUAAACAAUUUUAUUGAGAACAAAAAAUAAUAGUAAUAAUUAACAUAAUAAACUUAAUUAAAUGAAUAAGUUGUUAUCUACAGUCAUACUUAAAUUAUUUUGUCAAUUCUUUUUUAUAAAUAAAACAACAAAAUAUUAAUAUACAUAAAUGUUUUAUAAUUUAUUUAUAAUUAACAUAAACAAAACAUAAACAAAAAAACAGAACAAAUUAAACUUUAUUUAAAUAAGGCUUAUUGUAAUAAACAUUAAAAGCAUUAACAACAAAAUCGAAAACAAAACUUCAUUUGUAUUUGUUUAACAAUAUAAAAAGAUUUUUAAUAAAAAAAAUUGCAAUUAAAACAAA